AUGCCUCUAGGCCAUCAUAGGUCCUAUAAGGGCAAUAGAUGGGUAGCUCCCCCACGCAUGUUUAAAAUCAAUGUGGACGGAGCUACAUCAGAAAAUGGAAGGAACUCAAGCAUGGGAGUGAUCAUAAGAGACUCUCAAGGUUUGGUGGUGGUAGCUUGCUCAAGGUACCUAUUUGGCCAAUUCACUACCCCUGAAGUGGAAGUGCUUGUUGUUGAGUAUGGCAUCCUUUUUGCCCAAGAAUUGGAGCUCUCACAGGUAAUCAUAGAGUCAGAUGCUCUGUCAGCGGUGCAGAGUAUAGUUGAUAGAGAGACUGAUGGAAGUCUAGGCCAUUUGUAUUCUGGUAUUAGUCAAGUCCUUGAGUUAUUUAGCAGGUGGGAAAUUAAGCAUUUGAAAAGGGAAUACAAUAGGGUAGUUCAUGAGCUUUCCCAACUUGCUAGGAGGAACGAAGCUUCUCAAAGAUGGAUAGGGGUCUCCCCUCGUAUAGUUUAA